AUGCUCGGCAAGCGGAAGGCGCACGGCAGCGGCGAGCGGCCUCGCCGCAUGCAAUGGCUGCUCCCCCCGCUGCUCCUUGUCGUCGCAACAGUCGCCGGGCUGUCGCACUGGAGCCUGUCUCGCGACACGAGCGACAAAAUCGACGUCACAGUUCUCAACGGCAAGGCGCUGCUCAAAGCGUCGCAGAAAAUCGCGGAUUUGUGGAAAGCGAGCCGCGAAACGGGGGAGCUGAGCGGGUACCUCGCAGAUGGUAGCGAAGACGCGUAUGUCGGGGACGGCGGGAGGGCAGGCGAGGUGGAUCCGUGGAGAUGCGCGGACGCCAGUGGGGGGAACGAAUGCGCCGAUGCCGCCGCGGUGAUUCUUGCAGAGGGCACUCUAUCGGAGCGCGUGCACGCGGUGUGCGCGGCGUACGCGCUGACGGCGCUCACCAGCAUGCCCACGCUCGCCCUCUGGCCCGCCGACCGCCACCUGCCCGCCACCACCUUCCGCCACCUCUUCUCCGCGCCCCCCGCGCCCAACAGCAGCCGCAGCAGCAGUAGCAGCGGAGGGGAUGGGGCGGAGGGGUGGGGAGUGAGCGGGGGCAAGGGCGGAGUGUGGGUGCGCGACCUGCCUGUGCGCAGCGACGCGCUGAAAACGCGCCUGGCCGCCUCGCCGCAGCAGCAGGUGGUGCUGCGGCGGUGCAGGGCGGGCAGAUCGCCCUCCCACGCGCUGCCUCCUCCCCUGCACCUCUUCCUCGCGCCCCACUCCGCUGCUGCUGCUGCUGAAGCUCACACCCCGCACGCACCACCAGCACAUGCAGCCACCGCAGCAGCAGAGGCAGCGGAGGGCGAGGAAGAGGGAGCGGGCCUAUUCCUGGGCGGGCAGGGAGAAGGCACAGGGGUGGCGGGGGUGGCGCAAGGGAGCGUGGAGGUGGAGGUGGAGGGGUGUGAGUUCGAGCGGCGGGUGGAGGAGUGUCUGGGCACCCUGGAGCCAUCCCCGUUUGUGGCGGCGCUGGUUCUCAAAGAGGACGUGCACCGCAUUGCUAAAUCCACCGCCUUCUAUGUUGAUCCGCUGGGCCCCACGGGGUGCCCUGGGUGCAGCGAGGAGUCGGAGUAUUCACCCCCCAUGUGCGCCAUGCGCCGCAUCGCCAUGACGUACCUGGCCGACCGUGCCGUCUCCUUCACCCUCGCCGCCCACUCGCCCGCCCACGUGCCGCACAUCAUGGACUACUUUCCCCCCGCCUGCUCCCCGGCCCUGCUCCACGCCACCCAAUCGCGCGUUGCCACGUAUGAGACUCUCAUGCGGUGUCAUCAGCUUCAGGUAUCGGAACUCUUCUCCCUCAGCCUAGCGGCGGGGCUGGUGGCGGUGAACAGCAGCGCGGUGGAGGCGCGCUUCAUUGCCGCCCAGGCCGCCCGCCGCUCGCCCUCCUUCCGCCGGCACCUGUCUGUGUGCCGGCGGAAUGAGAUCCGGCCAAUCACGAAGCAGAAGUGGUCCAUGUUCACCAUGGUCGAAGAGAAGCUCAAGAUAUUUAUCUGCACGGUGCCCAAGGUAGCAGCCAACUCGUGGCUCAUGUGGCUGCGCGCCAUGCUGGGGCAGCCACACCCCGAGGACCCGCUGCUUGCACUGGACAAUGACAGGGCGGGCUGGCACAUGCUCAACGUGCACUUCACCGAGAAGCAGGCGGUGCGGGCAAUGACCCAGCCCGACCUCUUCCGCUUCACGUUUGUGCGCAACCCCUUCUCACGAGUGCUCUCAGCGUACAACAACAAGCUCGUCAUCACCGACUCCCCCAACAACAAGACCGGCCCGGGGUCUAGAGAGUACUGGAAUAACGCGUUUUUCCGGCUGAUUCGGCCGCAGUGGGAGGCAGUGCAGAAGGAGGACGAUCUGGUAUCAUUCCACGACUUUGUGAAGCUCGUCGGCGUCGUGUUCAAGGAGAGGCGCUGGCACAUGGACCGGCAUAUCGGCCUGCAGAGGGACGUGUGCGCACUGGGGCACAUAAAGUACGACUUUGUGGGGCGGUUUGAGAGUCUGGAGGAGGAUGCCAAGUAUGUGGUGAACCGAUUCGGAGGCGACCAUCUCGACAUCUUCAACUUCGGCGUCAACGCGCACCAGACCCGCUCGGAUGAGAAGCUCGUGAAGAUGUAUGACAAGGAAACAUACGAGAGAGUGAAGAAGAUUUACGCACUGGACCUAGAAAUUCCAUUCAACAACAUUUCACACGCCAUCCCCACGCCCCUGUUUGAACGCUUUGAGUCGAACCAAGAUUUGACAUGA